AUUGAACCUCCCUUGUUCUAUCUACGCAAUGAUUAGACCUGUGCUAGGGAACGGUUGACAUUUCGCCAUGAUUGGACGCGUCUACGGCUUUGCCCGCAGCCUACGACAGCCGCACACUUUGCUUCGACGGCAGUACUCGGUGAAAGCGAUAUACUCCUCGUUCCCCGCCACCUUACACUACUAUUGCCCGCGCCGCACCUCUGCCUUAUUUAACCACCAAGAGAUUGACAGCCGGCCGGACGAUAUGUAUGACGAAGGGGUGAUUGUACAGAGUGACGGCCUCGUAUAUCCAGCUGUUAGCAAAACGUCGGCUUCGAACGGCGCAAUCUUGUUUCCGAAUACUUUCAUGAUGCAGGAGCUCGUACGCCAGUACUUCGAUGACGUCCUCGAUCGUCAGGAUGAAGGCAAACAAAUUGAAAGUCCAUUUAUCUGCACUAUUCCUAAGGGGACACCUAUUCCCGGCCAUCUCAUUCUCAUCAACGAGUAUCUUUCCAGAUUUUCUCUUCAGCCGUCACAUGGCAUGUUGCUGGAAGAUUUGAAUCGCUCGUUGGACGAGUUCUACAAAUCGUAUGCCCGGAGGGAGACGGUGGAGAACUGGCUGGACACCCACCCCUUUCCGCAAGCAGUAGCAGAUGACGCAGAUGCCGUCUGGAUGGCCAAGUGAUGCAACGUAGAGAAGUGGAAAUGCCGUUCAGCGACAGAUAUGUUUGGUGUAGAGACAAGGUUGCCAGCAAAGAAGCUAGGUCGCAAAGCGAAGAUCACACACUCCUGCACGAAUUAGAUGCUUGCAUAUCACGGACCACCGGGUUCCUGGAGAAGUUGAGUUUAAUAGUAACUAUCUUGAAGAAUGUACCUAAUUUUGGA